UUGGAAAAACACACAACUUCAUUUCAUAAUCUCAUCUCAUAUCAUAACCUUGUUGGCCAAACUAUACCCAAGAAAUCUUUAACUCUGUAAUAUGUCUACAAUUCACUUUUUGAUCCUUUUCUUUCUAAGCUUUCUGAUCUCUUCUCCGGGUGUAGCAGUUACCGAUAAGGUAACUGACUUACCCGGACAACCGCCGGUGAAUUUUUCACAACAUGCCGGUUACAUCACCGUAGAUGUAGCCCAUGACAGACGGCUCUUCUACUACUUCGUAGAAGCCAGCGUUGAGCCAGCAUCAAAACCAGUGGUGCUCUGGUUACACGGUGGGCCCGGUUGUUCUGCUGUGGGAGGAGCAGCAUUCUCACAGCAUGGACCUUUUCUCAUCUCUGGCGAGGGUCUCAUAAAAAAUCCAUACAGCUGGAAUACAGAAGCAAAUAUGCUGUAUUUGGAUUCUCCAGCUGGCGUCGGUUUCUCUUAUUCGAGAAACACUUCCGACUACUUAUUUUUGAAUGAUGACUUUGCAGCAAGGGAUCACCUUGUUUUUUUGCAGCAUUGGUUCAAUAAAUUCCCCAAUUUUAGAACCAACAACUUUUUUAUAGCUGGGGAGAGUUAUGCAGGACACUUUGCUCCUCAACUUGCUCUCCUCAUCCUUCAGACCAAAUCUGAAUUCAAUCUGAAGGGGAUAUCCAUAGGGAAUCCUCUUCUAGAUUUUGACACGGAUUUCACCGCCUCAACUGACUAUUUAUGGCAGCGUGGAGUAAUUUCCGACUCAACAUAUGAGUUGUUGAGCAACAACUGCAGCUAUGUUGACAUAAAGAAACAGUUGAGAGCAACAAAUGUAUUAAAUGCCACAUGUUUUGACAUUCUCCUUCAAAUGGAAUUAGAGGUAAAUGCCAACUUAGACGUGUUUGACAUUUCAAAUGAUGUUUGUCCAACACAAAAGUUGGCCAUAGAGCAACUCGGCGUGAAGAGAAACAUAUGCAUUGUACAACAGUCGAUUGAAUUCUUCAAUAGGAAGGAUGUACAACAAGCUCUUCACGGCGAGCUUGUAGGGGUCAAGGAUUGGACAACCUGCAGCGCGAAUCUUGUGUAUAACUACACAAAUCUUGAAAAUCCAGCCUUAUAUAUGCUUGGGACACUUGUUAAAGCAGGUGUUAGAGUGCUGGCAUAUUGUGGCGACGAGGAUUCAGUCAUACCGUGUACUGGGACACGACCUUUGAUAAAAGGUUUGGCUAAGGAUUUGGGAUUGACCAUCACAAGACACCAUGAAGCAUGGUUUAAGGGUGACAAGAUUGCUGGAUGGACCCAAGUAUAUGGGGACAUUCUGACUUUUGCAACUGUAAGAGGGGCGGGUCAUUCCACGCCAAUAGCUCAACCGGAGAGAUCAUUGGAAAUGAUGAAAGCUUUCUGGAAAGGGAAGCCCCUACCAAAAAAAUCACACUAAUCAAAUAGUGUUUUUUUCUAAAUGAGAUGUAAAGUUGUAAUAAUAAUUUUUUUAUUUGAAUAGUACCAUAUAAAAUUUGUGUUA